CUAUGUGUUACCUAUUACUGUUCAGUACAAGCUAAACAUGUGGCUGCAGCAGACAGACUACUUGAUGUGUUCAACAUAAAUUAUUACCUAGUUGUGAUUCUGCAUUACUCAAAUAAAAUAGGCUGCACUACAGUUAUAUAGUUACACAGUAUCUACAGUAGCAUUAUUAGGCUAAUUUGCUUUAUUUCAACUUAGCUUAUCUCUUGUUGAUACAAAUGAAAAGUCAAACAGCGUUUUUUAAUGAUAGAAAAGACGACAUAACUCUACACUGAGGCCUCUUUUCCACCUCCUCUUUUCUCUGCUUUAUGGCCUUUUCAUGAUGACAAUAUACAUAUGACAAAUAUGACUUUGACGUUGACGUCUGUAAACAGGGACCUACCUGAGAUGCGAUAACUCCUCCCAUCCCUCUCUUUCACAGUGCACGGUGCAGGACAGGUUCAGGACCAGGUCAAUCCAAUAAUGACAAACAACAGAGAGGGUGUUCUCCUCCUGUUUGGGAUGUUACUCACCUCGUCCCAAAUCUCAGUCAUGGUGUCUUCAUCUGAUGAAAACUACCAACCUGCCAUUUAAAAUGACUUCUACAAGAAAACCUGUGACAGCUGCAUCUCUGUUGAUACUUAUGAUCAAAGUCUUCAGUGGAAAUACCCUGACAUGUAAUCCAGCAGAGUAUCAGAUAGAGGAUGGAUGCUGUCCUCUGUGUCCUCCUGGAGGUCACGUUCAAACAGAUUGUACAGAGUUCAGAAGUACUUCCUGUUUGCCCUGCAUGGAUGGAUCCUUCAUGAAUAAACCUACUGGACUUAAACAGUGUUUUCCCUGCAGAGACUGUGAUGCAGGUUCUGGUCUGAAGAUAAAGACUUCAUGCACAGCAACCUCAGAUACACUUUGUGAACCACUGGAAGGAUUCUACUGUAUAGACUUCACAGAGAACCACUGUGUGGCAGCACAGAAACACAGCAGCUGUCAACCAGGACAAUACAUCAGGGAGAAAGGAACAGCCCUCAGAGACACUGUGUGCUCUGACUGCAGUGGGGGGACAUUUUCAGAUGGGACAUUUCCAUCUUGUCAGCCACACACACAAUGUCAAUCACAAAACCUUCAGCUGAUAAGAGCAGGAACUGCUUCAACUGAUGCUGAAUGUGGACCACACAGUUCAUAUGGGACAGUGACAGUGACAGUGAUUCUGAUCACUUUUGUGCUUUUUUUAUUAACUUGCAUAAUUCAUUCUGCAGUUUGCUUCAGGAAGAUGAAAACACCUCUAAUAGGAAACAGAGGAAAUGGAAGCAGACAGAAAAAGGAAAACACAGCUGGAUCAGAAACACCACUGAUGAUUGUAGAGAGAACAGCAGCAGCAGGUAAGACAGCAGUGUUUUCUUCCUUGAAAUCUUCAUUGACUGAGGACUGUCUGACUGAGCUGACAUCUUUACACAUGUACCAGAGCUUUCUGCUUUAAGUAAACAUAUUUCUGUCCACAGCAGGAGACGACCUGUACAUCAGCAGAUAAACACUGUCUGUCCA